AUGAGUGAUGAAGAUAUAAUAAUUACAAGUGCAGCUUUUGUUUUUACAUCGUUAGUUUCUCGAGUAAAGAAAAAUAAAUCUUUACAUAAAAGACGUUGGUGGCAACGUACAAUUUUUGAAAGUAGAUGUCGUUAUAAUGGAAACGAUUUAUUAAAUGAUUUAAGACUGGAACAUCCAGGAUUCAAAAACUUUAUACGGAUGUCACCAACAGAUUUUGAAUCAUUGCUUGAAGUUAUUGGUCCUCAAAUUGGAAAGGAUAUAACUCAUCUAAGGGAAACGAUUUCACCAAACGUGCGGCUGGCCGUAACAUUACGUUUUUUGGCUACUGGUGAUUCGUAUACAAGUUUAAUGUAUCUUUUUAAAAUUUCCAAACAAAUAAUAUCUAAUAUAGUUCCAGAAGUAUGUGAAGCUAUAGUUGAAGCCUUAAAAUUAUAUGUUCAGGUAAAUAUUAAAAACCUAAAUAGUAAAUUAUAA